AUGACUGAACAGAUAGAACAAAUCUUGUUGGUUAUUAACCAAUGUAUGAUGUACAGAAUUAAGCCAAUGACAUCACCAAAUAUGAAAUAUAAGGCAGGUGAAUGGACACCAGAAGACUUUUUAUGGCAAGGAAAAUGUGUUGUUGUUGCAAGAGGAGACCAAUGUAUUGUUAAAUUUGUAGAUAGUAAUACUGAUGCUACAUUUGCUCAAUGUCCUGUUGGACCAGGUGCUGUUGAACCAGUCAUUGACUCAUCAAGAUAUUUUGUUGUAAGAAUCGUUGACGAAACCCAAGGAAGAAAAGCCUUCUUAGGUAUGGGUUUCCAAGAACGUUCUGAGGCAUUUGAUUUCACCGUUGCUCUCCAAGACUUCGAAAGAAGAUUAACUGAACGAAAAGAACGAGCCAAUAAGAAGGAAGAACCAAUUGACAUGUCUGCUUUUGAACUUAAACCAGGUCAAACUAUUACUUUGAAUAUUAAAAGUACUGCCCCAACUGGAAAGAAACCUUCAAAAGGUACUUUACUACCACCACCAUCAUCUGGUAAACGAGCACAAUUUUCAGCACCUCCUUCAGUACAAAAACCAGCUCAACCAGUAGCCAAUGUUCAACCCCAACAGCAACCAAAGAAAGACAGUAUCGACAGUUUACUUUUCUUUUAA